GCCGUUAACAGCUCAAGCAGCACACAAGUAGGUGCAUAAGGGUUUCUGACAACAACCCAAAGAGUAAAGGCACAUUCCAUCCUUUUGGAAUUUCCAUUAUCAGCAAUCUUCUUUCCUAUCGGUGUUGUAUGAUGCCACCUAAGCACAAAAAACAUAGUUGUGAAAGUUUACCUACCAAUCUCCCUGAGAAUGUUAUCAAUGCCAUUCUGAUGCGUUUGCCUUUGCGUGAUGCUGUGAGGACAAGCAUCUUAUCGAAGCAAUGGAGGUAUAAGUGGUGCAGACUUCCACAGCUGACACUUGAUGAUAAAAUUUGGAAGACGACAAAUAACUUGCUAUCCCCUUCUAUUAAGUUUACAAACAUUAUGUACAACAUUUUGACCCUUCAUUCAGGACCGAUUACUAAGUUUACCCUUUCCAUGUCUGAACUGAAAAAGUAUCCUAAGAUUGACAGCUUGAUAUAUUUCCUCUCUAGGAACGGCAUUGAACAUCUUGUUGUUCAAUUUUCAGAGUGGAACCUAUACAAAUUGCCUUCGUCAUUUUUCACGUGUUCCCAAUUGAGGCAUUUGACCCUCCAGAAUUGUCUAAUAUGUCCUCCACCGGCCUUCAAAGGAUUCAAUAUGUUAAUUAGCCUGGAACUGUGUCAUGUCUCAGUUUCUUCCAUAUCACUGGAAAGUUUAAUCUCUUCUAGCCCGUACCUUGAGAAUUUAGUGUUGAAAAUCUCAGAUACUUUAAGCCACAUUCAAAUUAAAGCCCCCUUAAAAUAUGUUCCUCAUCUUACUAAACUCUCUCUUAUGUAUGGUGAAUCUUAUGAAGAUUCAGAAAAAUGUGAUCUUGACAAAUUUCUUCAGUCAUUUCCUGUUCUUGAGCAUCUGCACUUGGAAUAUGGAAGUUCCCAGUUCUUGGUUGCUGAUGUACCAAGACGGCUUUCCUCUGCUCUUAACCAUCUCAAACAUCUUUAUGUAUCUGUGGAUGAAUUAGAUGAUAUUUCCUGUGCUCUUUGCUUGAUACGAAGUGCCCCAUAUUUACAAACUCUCGAAGUGAAGGUAUCUAUGGAUGAAUCGGAUAAUGAAGUUGAUGAAGUUUCAGCAAGCUUCUCGGAUGUGACGUUGAAUCACCUUAGGACUGUCAAGGUUGAAGGAAUAACAUGCACAAUGCUUGAAAUGCAGCUCGUCAAGCUUCUAUUGGCCAAUGCUCCGAUGCUGGUGAGAAUGCUAAUUGAGCCUGGUCCGUAUUAUGCAUAUACAGAGGCAAAGAUACUCGCAGAGUUCACAAAAUAUCAGCGAGCAUCACCUAAAGCCGAAAUAGUUGUACGUGACUAUUAACAUUUAAGAGAUACAAUGCAUUUUUGAUAAGUGUCUUACUUAUUCCA